AUGCCUGGCACAACUACACCGUCCAUUCCUCAUUAUAUUCCUGCCGUGCCAACCAAUGAGCCUUUGGAUUAUGCGGAUCUCGUUAUCAUUGAUAUCGCCGAGGCGCACACAGCCGAAGGCCGCGCCAAAUUGGCUCUUCAGUUACGGGAAGCAUUGACAACACAAGGUUUUUUUUAUGUCGUCAAUCACGGUUAUUCACAAUCUCAGACCGACCGCAUCUUUGACAUUGCCGACGUUCCGUUCAGUCUCGUCUCGAACGAAGAGAAGCAAACAUAUGCAGGAAACAUUAAGGCGACGGGAUCCUAUCAGGGUUACAAAUUGCGGCAAUAUUGGCACAUUGACGCAGGAGUUCAUGACCAACUUGAACACUAUAACAUAAAUCGCGAUGUUACAAGGAAACAGCAUCCAGAAUCUCUACGUCCUCUCCUCCCUGAGAUUGCGGCCUUUGCGAAGUUCAACCAUACGGAGAUCUUACACACACUUCUCCGCCUUUUUGCUUUGGGACUCGAGCUUCCGGAAGAUACAUUCGUCGAUCAACACAACUACUCUGCAGCUGGUGAAAGUUACGUACGAUUCAUGAAUUAUCCCCGGUCAGAAGAUGAAGAGACGAAAACGAAGAACAUUUGGUUGAAAGGACAUACUGAUUUUGGAACUGUCACAAUUUUAUGGAGUCAGCCUGUUGCUGCGCUUCAAAUUCUCUCCCCGGACGGCCAGUGGCGUUGGAUCCGACACAUCGAUAAUGCUCUUGUGGUGAACUCUGGAGACGCCAUGGAAUUUCUCUCUGGAGGAUUCUACAAGGCCACUAUCCACCGCGUCGUGCAGCCUCCUCCAGAUCAGCGUGGUUUCACUCGCCUAGGCGUCUUCUACUUUGCAAUGACCGACGAUGACAUAAAGCUCGUCCCUCAUGCAGAGAGCCCAGUGUUACAGAAGCAUGGAAUAAUUCGCCGUUGUGAUGAUGCAGACGCUCCAACCAUGGAAGUCUGGCGGAAAGGUAGGACGAGCGCCUAUGGGCAGACCGAGCUGCAAAAGAAAGAGAACGGAGUGGAAGAAGAAGUCAUCAACGGAGUCGUAGUGAAGCAUUACAAUUAG